AAAUAAGUUUAAAUUUAAGUUGAAUUCCGCUUUUAUUUGGAAAAUCUAUACCUAUCAAUAUUAUAAUAUAAGACAAAUUCUAAAUUCAAUGUAAAAAGUAAAAUAUAAAUACAAAUCCGAUAUUUUACGGAAUUUCGAAACGAUAACUAAUUAAUUAGUUACCUUCCAAAUUUUGAAAUAAUUAAAUUAAGUUCAAUUUAAAAUUAGUUUUCUACUAUAAAUAGGAAAAGAGAUUCCAAAACUUAUAAAUAAGCUUUCCAUUAGUUCCAAACUAUCGGCUAACAUAUCUCCUUCCAUCAAAAUUUGCUAAUUUCUUUCUUCUCCACAAAAAUUUUCUCACUCUCUCUAAUGUCUCCAUUUUCAUCAUGUUCAAAGGCCAUAGGAUCCUUAAUUUCUCGAAGAAACAACAUAAGGCAUCUGGUUAGAUUCGGUGAAAAAAGUGGCCCAAUUUCAUACCAUCCUAACCCUAUUAGUGUUCAAGGAAUUUCUCAAUUCCCAACCGACGCAAAUAGUACUUUUUGUAGUAGUGGAAGAAGGAAAUUUUUUGGUUGUAACGAUAGUGUUCUAUCCAAAAUUUACGAGGAGAAGCGCGUUUUAGGGUACUCACCUGAGCAAUUAUACAAUGUUGUUGCUGCUGUUGAUUUGUAUCAAGAUUUUCUCCCAUGGUGUCAACGUUCUCAAAUACUCAAACAACAUCCUCAUAAUGAUGAGAAUGAUGAAUCUUUUGAUGCUGAAUUAGAGAUAGGGUUUAAUUUUUUUGUUGAAAGUUAUGUGUCUCGUGUAGAAUUAAUCAAGCCAAAAAGGGUAAAGACAACAGCUUUAGAUACUACACUUUUUCACCACUUGAUUAACAUAUGGGAAUUCAAUCCUGGGCCAGUUCAAGGAUCUUGUAACGUUUACUUUUUGGUGGAUUUUAAGUUUCAAUCACCACUUUAUGGGAAGGUAGCAUCUAUGUUCUUUAAGGAUGUGGUUUCUAGGUUGGUUGGUUCAUUCAAUGAGCGAUGUCGAAUAAUAUAUGGACCGGCUACCCAAGUUCUUGAAUAAUAAGCUGUACUCAUGCUCAAUGGCGGAUCUAACUCAAUAUUUUUCUUAACUUUCGCCUUUAGUAUGUAAAUUUUCUGAGUCCGUCGCUGCUGAUGUUGUUUUACUAA